ACAGCUGUGAGCCGACUGUCUGAGUCGCUUGGCGACCGCUGACUUGUUUAAUCGGUGUCACGAGUGUGUUUCCUAAGCCAUUUAAAUAAUAAAAAAAAAAAAACUUUAUACUCUGCGCGCGUUCGAAAUUAAAAUAUUGUCAAAUCUCGGCGACAUUUUAUUCGUAUUGUUCAAGUGUCAAAAUUUGUAAAUAAAUGUGUUUUGAUAAAUCGCGUGUUAUCGUUUUAUUUGCGGAACAUUAUUUUUAUUAAAGUUAUACAAUAACAAUACAGUAAAGUUUUUCAUAGGUGUGUUGAUAUUAUAAUAGAGGAGAGUCAUGGAAAAAACUGGAGGCUCGCGGUUACUGCAAAUGCAGGCGCGGUUCCAGCAGAAGCAGUUACAAGAGAAGGAGUUGAAGAUCGCAUCGCUAUACGAGGCGCAGCAGGCCAGAGCCCUGGAUAGAGUCAGACAUUCCCCCAGUAACGGCAAUGUCACAACCCCAAGCCCACCCAUGCCGCAUCAACCCGGAAAGGUGCGUCAAAUGUUCGAAGAGCGUCGUACAAAAGCAGGCAUCGACAAGAGCUACCCGCUUCAACCGAUACAAAACACGGAGCGGGCACAGCCCAGGAAGGCUCUGCCAAAUGGCUACACUAAAGUUAGCAACACUACGACGAAGGCCACGCUGGAAAAAAAGACGUCAAUUCGAGCCCAGAAUACUGUUAGCUCACACAGCGUCAGGAAACAAAUAACCCAGGUACACAAAGUGAACAGCAUUGUAAAUGGAUCGGGCGAUCUCAACCACAACCACGAACUGGAUCUCAAUGCUGUCAAAACAUUGUCAAAAAGCAACGGCAGAGAGAUCAGUUCGGUGGACGAGCUAGAUCGCGUGGACAAUAACUACAUGUUGGAGAACGAGACGUUUCCAGAGGCCCUGGCGCCCGUCACGCCGCGCUCUCCGGAGCCGGAGGAGCUUAAGAGACUGGUUAAACGAAAUCCCCCGCCACAACCUAUACCUACGACCAAGGCUACAAAACCCGUAGCAAAACCAGCAGUGCCAAAGAAAGUAUCCAAUGAAAAUGUGGUGGCGGAGAACACCAGUAAACCCCGAGGGGUCAUGCAGCGAGUAAACCCUGUGCCAAGAAGAACGCCCGUGAGUCCACAAGCGUCCAGCGGCCCGAAGGUGCGCACGGGGUCCGGGGCCCGCGCCGGCGCGGCGGGUGCGGCGGGGGCGCGGGGGUCGGGAGGCGCGGGGGGCGCGGCGGGUGCGGCGGGGGACGCGUGCGCGGUGUGCGGGCGCCGCUUCGCGCCCGACCGGCUCGCCAAGCACCAGGAGAUCUGCCGCAAGACGCACGCGAAGCGACGCAAGCCGUUCGACGUGAUCAAGCACCGUCUCGCGGGCACAGAAGCCGAGCCGUUUAUUGGCAAGCUACGCAAGGGCGCCAGCACAUCGUCGAGCAAAGUGAGCAAGUCACUCAACAACAACUGGCGGCAGAAGCACGAAGAGUUCAUACAGGCGAUACGCGCCGCCAAACAGGUGCAGGCGCAUCUCAACGCUGGUGGUAAGCUAAGCGAUCUCCCCCCACCACCUCCCUCUGAAAACCCGGACUACGUACAGUGUCCGCAUUGCAACCGCCGCUUCAACCAAGCGGCCGCCGAGCGACAUAUACCCAAAUGUGCCAGCUUUCAGUUUAACAAGCCCAAACCAGCUGCUAAGCGUAGAUAACCGACUGGACAACAGGCGAAUUCACGACAACCGACCAGUACAUGUGACACGGCAUCAACAGUACAUGUGACGCGGCAUACAGAGCACGGCAACGACAUUACUUGUCACACGGCAUACAGUACAUGUAACACUGCAUACAUUACUUGUGAUACGGCAUACAGUACUUGUAACACGGGGAACAGUGCAUGUGAUACGAUAAGAAUAUAUACUGUGAUACCUUGUGGCGGUUAUGCAAUAAACCAAAGUUUGGUCAAAAGUUAGUUGUCGAAUCCGAGUUAAAUUCUUUAGUAGAUAUAAAUUUAAAAAAUUAAUUCUGUGACAUUAAACUUUGAUCGAUUUAAAAAGUUUAUGUGUAUUAAAUAAUUGAUAGCAUUUAUAACGAAACCUUUAUAUUAUUAACUAUCAAUAUAAUUAGCUACACAUAUAUUAACUUUGCAAAGUUUUAAAACAAAUUUAACAGUGAAUAAAGACGUGUCAAAAAGUAAUUUUAAUAUAGUUACUUAGAUUUUUUUUUUUUCAAUUUGUCAUUGUUACUUUUAAUCGUAGAAUGUUAACGGGACUAAGCAUUUUCUAUAGUAUUUAGAAAAAUGAGAUAUAUUAUUUAUUUGGGUCCAAUUUGCGUAAAGAAUACAACGAAUGUGUGUAGGUAUUUAUAUACUUCAUAUAGGUAUUGUGAUAAUAGAUCGCUCAUGAAGUGAUGUAACGCGUUCAAAAUUGAUAUUUUAGAAAAUUAUUGACAUAAUGACGAAAAUUGGUUAUGUCUGACAUAAUAAUAACCUUUGAAAAAUCGAUUCCAUUUAUAUACCUGGAGCUGAUGAUACACGUUAUUUUCACGAUUGCUCUAUUCUACUUGGUGAAAUCUUUUUAUGAUAUAAUUAGUCCGAAUCCACAUUAAAAUGAAGAAAGUGAAAGUUAAGGAUAGUAAAAAUUUCGAGUGCGGCACUUGCUUUCAAAACUUCAUACAACGCUUACUGUUGGCAAUCGUACUCUAUUAUAUUAUAUGGAUGUCGAUUGUUUUCCUGUAUUACGUUGCGUGCGUUUUUCGAGACUUGCUCGAUUGUACGAUAUGCAAAAAGUAAACCUGGUCAUUUAACCUAUCUCAUUAUGUAAUAAAGGUUGUAACACAUUUUAUGCUGUGAUUGAAUCUCUAUCCCAGAUUUCUAACAUCUAAUAGCUACAUUUUCAAAAAAUAAAUAAGGCUGUCGAGUCAAAUAACCCGUUUUAUACUCUAUCAAAUUGUAACAUAAUAUGCAAAUAAUAGCAAAGAACAGAUAACGCUUUGUUUUAUUUUUAGCUAGAUUAAGCGGACAUUCCGACUGUAAUGAUUCCACAACAUGGAUAAUCCGACAAUAGAAAUGAAUUUAGGACAUAGUUUUGUUAAUUCAACAUUUUAUUCGAUUACAUUUUAAAGUUUAAGGAUGAUUGUACAAGAUACGCUUUUAAAAAUGUUAACUAUGCGAAUAUUAAUUUUUUUUAAAUAUAUGGAUU